UCUCUCAGUAUUGGAUAUCGGAAUUCUUUGGGCACCAACAUUUGCAUUCGGUAUUUUUAGCUUGUAUGGAGUUGUUUACUGUUCCGCACCAAUAUCUACAUAUUUUGUUGGCUGUCUUAUUUUAUUUUUUUGGGCUGCUGAAUGUAUUGCUGAUUUGGUCUCUUAAAAAUAAAAAAUAUUUAAAUUCGUAGUU